GAAUGAUUUGUUUUUUUUUCUUGAAAUUUAUUUGACUCGUUUUUUUUAAUGUCUACUAUAGUUUUGUUUGUGACUAGUGUGUACGUGUGUGUGUUCUAUGUGAAAGAAUCAUUAAACAAUUAAACGAAAAAAAAGUGGAUUAUCCACAAUAAUCAUCAUCAUCAUUGGUUAUAAACACAUCUUAUUAUUAUUGACAUUACAUUUGACAUUUAUUCGAAUUUAUUAUCAGCAAUAAGAAACUUUUUCGAAUAUAAUUUAUUCAUCUCCAAAAAGGAAUGAAUAUCAUCAUAUCAGUAGCAAAUAUUAGAUUGUUGUUGUUGUCGUCGUUUUUUUUCUGUUCCGUUGAGAUAUGAACUAUUUGAAGAAAAAAAUCACCAAAGUCGUUGGGAAUCCCAAACGUAAAAAUGAUGAUGAUGAUGAUUUCGAUAAUUAUGUGCCUGAAAUACCGCCACAUCCAUCGACAUUAACAACAACAACAACAACAACAACAGAUAUUAAUGAUCAGUUAAAAAUUAAAUUUGAUUCAACAAAUACAAAUUUUGCUAAUUUUGAUUCAGUCAAUAAUAUAACAGUUGGUGAACCAUUUCCUUUAUCAUUUGGUGAACAGGAACAACAACAACAACAAGAGCAACCAAAAUUAUCGCUUGAAGAAUUAAAAGCUAAAGAAGAAGAAUAUAGAAAAGAAGAACGAGAAAAACUACGUCAACAAGAAGAAAGUAAAAAAGAUUGUGAAGAGUGGAAAUUUUUUCUAUCAUUAACAGCCAAAGCUGAUGCUGUAACAUCGAAAACACAAACUGUGUUGGAAAAAUUACAAACCGAAUCAGCUGUUAAAGAAAUCAGCAAAUUUGAAGAUCCCACUUUUUCAGAUCAAUUUGACGAAACGGCACCAAAAAAUAUCGGUGCUUGGGCAGCAUUCGACGAAACAGCCGAUUAUAAUCCAUCAGAUCCAAUAUUUCAAUUUCCUAAACAAGACGAGACUGAACAACAGCAAUCAAUAGAUAAGGACAAAACCAAGCCAGUGAUUGACGAAGAAACAAAACGAAUUGCACGGGAAUUAAUUGAAGAUUUUGGAUUCACCAAUCCAGCACCAGGAAUACCAUUAGUGGAUGGUGAAAAAACAAAAACAGACACAUCAUUAUUUGCCAUUGAAGAGCCGACGAUCGAUCCAUUCGAUACGUCAUUUAUUGAUGUUGAAGCCAUUAAAAGUGGUGAAUCGAUUUUGAAACCAACAUUAAUCAAAGACAUUGAUGUCGAUGAAAUUGAUCCAUUUGAUACUAGUUAUAUUGAAUCGACUAUACAAAAAGAUUUGGCCAUCAAAGAUUAA